CUCACGCGCCGCCCCUCCCCGCGCGUCGCCCUGCCGAGCCUGCCGGCCGGCCCGGCUCCCCUCCCCGGCCCCGACGGGCGGGCCGACGGCCCCGAGGCGGCGGGGAGGGGAGAGCGGGACCGGCCGGCGGGCGAGCGACGAUGCCGAACUUCUGCGCGGCCCCCAACUGUACGCGGAAGAGCACGCAGUCCGACCUGGCCUUCUUCAGGUUCCCGCGGGACCCGGCCAGAUGCCAGAAGUGGGUAGAGAAUUGUAGAAGAGCAGAUUUGGAAGACAAAACACCUGAUCAGCUGAAUAAACAUUAUCGACUAUGUGCCAAACACUUUGAGACCUCCAUGAUCUGUAGAACUAGUCCUUACAGGACCGUUCUUCGAGAUAAUGCAAUACCAACAAUAUUUGAUCUUACCAGUCAUUUGAACAAUCCACAUAGCAGACAUAGAAAACGAAUAAAAGAAUUGAGUGAAGAUGAAAUCAGGACACUGAAACAGAAAAAAAUUGAUGAAACUUCUGAACAGGAACAAAAACACAAAGAAACAAACAACAGCAAUGCUCAGAACCCCAGUGCAGAGGAGGGUGACCAGCAAGAUGAAGACAUUUUACCUUUAACCCUUGAAGAGAAGGAAAACAAGGAAUACCUAAAGUCUCUAUUUGAAAUUUUGAUUCUUAUGGGAAAACAAAACAUUCCUCUGGACGGGCAUGAGGCUGAUGAAAUCCCAGAUGGUCUCUUUACUCCUGAUAAUUUCCAGGCCCUGCUGGAGUGCCGGAUAAAUUCUGGUGAGGAAGUCCUGAGAAAGCGCUUCGAGACCACAGCAGUGAACACAUUGUUCUGCUCUAAAACACAGCAGAAACAGAUGCUAGAGAUCUGUGAGAGUUGCAUUCGGGAAGAAACCCUCAGGGAAGUAAGAGAUUCCCACUUCUUUUCCAUUAUCACUGAUGAUGUGGUGGACAUAGCAGGAGAAGAGCACCUACCGGUAUUGGUAAGGUUUGUUGAUGAAUCACAUAACCUAAGAGAGGAAUUCGUGGGCUUUCUGCCUUAUGAAGCCGAUGCAGAAAUUCUGGCAGUGAAAUUUCAUACUACAAUAACUGAGAAGUGGGGACUAAAUAUGGAGUAUUGUCGUGGCCAGGCUUACAUUGUGUCUAGUGGAUUUUCUUCCAAAAUGAAAAUUGUUGCUUCAAGACUUUUAGAGAAAUAUCCUCAAGCUAUCUACACACUCUGCUCUUCCUGUGCCUUAAACAUGUGGUUGGCAAAGUCAGUCCCUGUCAUAGGGGUGUCCGUUGCAUUAGGAACAAUUGAGGAAAUUUGUUCUUUUUUCCAUCGAUCACCACAACUGCUUUUAGAACUUGACAGUGUAAUUUCUGUUCUUUUUCAGAAUAGUGAAGAACGAGGCAAGGAACUGAAGGAAAUUUGCCAUUCUCAGUGGACAGGCAGGCAUGAUGCUUUUGAAAUUUUAGUGGAUCUCCUGCAAGCACUUGUUUUGUGUUUAGAUGGUAUAAAUAGUGACACAAAUACUAGAUGGAACAACUGUAUAGCUGGCCGAGCAUUUGUUCUCUGUAGUGCAGUGACAGACUUUGAUUUCAUUGUUACCGUUGUUGUUCUUAAAAAUGUCUUAUCUUUUACAAGAGCCUUUGGAAAAAAUCUCCAGGGACAAACUUCUGAUGUCUUCUUUGCAGCCAGUAGCCUGACUGCAGUGCUUCAUUCACUCAACGAAGUGAUGGAAAACAUUGAAGUUUAUCAUGAGUUUUGGUUUGAGGAAGCCACAAAUUUGGCAACCAAGCUUGAUAUCCAAAUGAAACUCCCUGGAAAAUUCCGUAGGGCCCAGCAAGGUAAUGUGGAAUCCCAGCUAACCUCUGAGAGUUACUAUAAAGAAACCCUAAGUGUUCCUACAGUGGAGCAUAUUAUUCAGGAACUUAAAGAUAUAUUCUCAGAACAACACCUCAAAGCUCUUAAAUGCUUAUCUCUGGUUCCCUCAGUCAUGGGCCAGCUCAAAUUCAACACAUCAGAGGAACACCAUGCUGACAUGUACCGAAGUGACUUACCCAACCCUGAUACUCUCUCAGCUGAGCUUCAUUGUUGGAGAAUUAAGUGGAAACACAGAGGGAAAGAUAUAGAGCUUCCAUCUACUAUAUAUGAAGCCCUCCAUCUGCCUGACAUCAAGUUUUUUCCUAAUGUAUAUGCCUUGCUAAAGGUCCUAUGUAUUCUUCCUGUGAUGAAGGUUGAAAAUGAGCGCUAUGAAAAUGGACGAAAACGCCUCAAAGCAUACUUAAGGAACACUUUAACAGACCAAAGGUCAAGUAACUUGGCUUUGCUUAACAUAAAUUUUGAUAUAAAACAUGAUCUGGAUCUAAUGGUGGACACAUAUAUCAAACUUUAUACAACUAAGUCAGAGCUUCCUACAGAUAAUUCAGAAACAGUUGAAAAUACUUAAAAGGCUUUUAAAAUGGGCUUUCUCUUAUUUGAUAUUUGGAAGAAGAGUGGUUUAGGUGUUCAGGCCACAUUGCCUCUAGGCCUCCAAAUGAAUAUACUACCCAUUGAUAAUCUGCUUAUAUAAGUGGCCCCUUUUGAAUUUUCAUGCUUUGAAUACCUGUCUCUUCUUCCAGAAAAUGGCAUUGGAAGUGCCGUGCUUCGACUCUGAGUGACCUCUGAUAGUGUCACUGUGGAACUGUUUUAGUUAAGUCAUUUUAGAUACAUCAUUAUCACUGUGGAUCUAGUUGUCAAGUAGUUACUCAUCAUUUGAUGAAAAUGAAUUUGAGGAAGUAUGGAAAAGGAAGGAAUUCAUUUUAUGAAAUGUUAAAAUGAAGCUCACCAUUGGCUUUUGACUGAUAGGAGUUUUAAGUAUAAUGUUAAAACUCUGUUUUGGCAGCACGGGGUAGAUAGAGGCAGGAAGAUGUCAAAUUCACGACCAGCCUGGGCUACAUAUGAGAUCCUGUCUCAAAGAACCAGGGGCUAGGGAUGUAGCUCAGGGGUAGAGCACUUACCUAGCAUGCACAAAGCUCUGGGUUCAAUGCCCAGCACAAAGGUAAAAAAAUCUUAAGGGAUAGUUAAGGGAAUUACCAGAGAGGGAAAUGUGUAAGCUCACCCAAAGGUUUCCAUGUAGAUUUUUGUCUAUCAAGGGAACUCAGAGAAACAAGCCACAGUUGAAGUUUGAAUGGAAGAGCUUGCUCUUGCUGCUUUACAUCUGAUUGUUGCUGUUUACAUUCCUUUGUUGAGCCUACAUUUUCAUAAGCUUUUCAGCAGGUAAAUGUUGAACAUUUCUGCUUCAUGGUCAAGACAGAAUCCAAGGCCAGCUACACAGACAACUGACUUGUCUGUUUGCUUCUGUCUUUUUCCGUGAUUAUAUCUACUGCCUCGUCUUGAUUUACAAGAAAAACCUACAAAAAUAAGUGUUUUGUGGUUUAUCUAGAGAUAAUACAGAAAAAGAUUGCUGUUAUUUUUGGUGAAGAAAAUCAAUUUUGUAUAGUUUAUUUCAAUCUAAAUAAAAUGUGAAUUUUGUUUAAAGUUCAAAUACUUUUUUCCCCCAGAGCUGAGGACCAAACUCAGGGCCUUUACACUUGCCAGGCAAGUGUUCUUCCACUGAGCUAAAUCCCCAGAUACAUUAUUUUUGAUGGAGUCAAAACACAGUCUUGUAAAUUCUCUUACAAUAAUCAGUUACACAAUUCAAAUGAAGUGUUUUGUGGCUUUUUUAUAUGAAGUGUAUUACUCAAGGUAUAUAAAAUAUUAAAAGUAAGAGCUUA